AGGAUCUUUAUUUAGCAGGAAGUUCGCGGUAGCUAGCAAGAAACCAAUAAUGAGAACACUGAUGAGCAGUUAGCUGCUUCUUACGCUCUUUAAAAAGAACCACAUUUUUCACCAGUAUUUAAAGACAAGUCCAAGUCAGCUAUGUCUUCAGCGACCAAGGAGACCAAGACCAAGGAGGAAAAGGAUGCAGAGUUGGACAAACGAAUUGAAGCUCUGAGGAAGAAGAAUGAAGCUCUGGUAAAGAGGUACCAGGAAAUCGAGGAAGACAAGAAGAAGGCAGAGCAGGAAGGCAUUGCCGUGACGACGCCUCGAAAACCCCGCACACAUGAGCCGGAGCCAGACCGGCGGAAGACGGAGAAGGAGAACUUCACAGUCACGGUGGAUCUUUCCAAGCCGUCAGGGGAGAAGAGAGUUGUGAACGACUGGAAAGCCAGCACACCUCGGGGCCGGAAGAAGUCGGAGGAGAGCGAUAGUCCUAAAGGUCCCAGCGAUGGCCGCAGCCCCCCCAGGAGGACGGGGUCUGGAAGAGUUGGGCGAGGUGGUCAGAGAGGAGGAGGUGGAGAAGGAAGAGGAAGAGGUCGCCAGGAGAGGAGAGACUGGGAGCCCAGAACUCCCAGAGAGGGAGAGUCUGGUGAGUCUGGAGGCCAGGGACGUAGAGGAGGAAGAAGAGGAGGAAGAGGAGAAGGAGGAGAUGGAGAAGGAGGAGGAGGAGGAGGAGGAGGAGAAGGUACACCGGGCGGAAUGGACAGAAAAUCCAAGGAAUGGGCGGAGAAGAGGCGACAGAACAUUGAGAAGAUGAAUGAGGAAAUGGAGCGGAUAGCGGAGUACGAAAGAGGACAGAGGCCGGAUGGAGACAAGCCAAUCCGUAAUUUUUUGGAUGACCCGAGGCGUUCAGGUCCCGCUCCGGACUUGGACCGAAAAGAAGGCAGCAGGAGACACGUGCGGAACUGGGGAGGACUGGACUUUGAAAAUGUGAAAACAGGACCUGAACUAGAAAGAGAGUGGACUAGUCGCCGACCGGGUCCGAAAGGCGGCUCUGUGGACAUGACGAUGUCGAUGACCGGCCGCGAGAGAGCCGAGUACCUUCGCUGGAAAAAGGAGCGCGAGCUGAUUGAUGAGGAGAGAUUAGCACGCCACCGUAACGCCACGGGCCAGUGGAGACGGGAGUGGGACGCUCAGAAGACUGAGAACAUGUUCAAGGAGGACCCACAUGUGGCUGCAGAGGACACAACAACAGAGGAGGGCGGCAGGAGAGACGACAGCAAACGGACUCCUAGAGGACCAACAUUUGGCGACUUCCUGUCCCAGGGCAGGGGCCAGGGGCCCCGCGGGGACCGCAGCAGAGGCAGGGGCCGAGGACAGAGACAGAGCUACAGCAUGCACGACAACCGCUGGGAAGGAGAGAAGGAAGAAGAGGAGGAGGAGAAAGAAAAGGAGGACAAGACAAAGAGAGAGGCGAAAACCACAAAGAAGAAAAUGAAGAAAGAGGAGGAAGAAGAAGAAAAACCCAAACCUAAAACAGAAGAGCAGAAGGUGGAAGAGAAAAAUGAAUACGAGGUGGGAGAUGAUGACGAUGAAUGGGAAGACGCCAGUGAUGAAGAGGAAGUUGGAGAAAGAAGCGACUCAGAAAAGGACUCCAGAGGCGGGGAGAAGAAAGACAAAAAUAAAAACGGCUCACCCAUGUCUGCCAAACAGCUUUUACAGACAAAAAAAGCAGAAAGCCCCAAGGAGCAACGGACUCCGAGGCCAAAGGUCCGCAUCCCUCCUCCAGCGGCCACACAGGAGUCGUCAGAUGGAGGAAAACCCCUCAGCCCCUUCUACCCGCUGGAUGGCCACCAGCCUGUGUCGGACUGGGCGGAGGAGAUGGAGAUGCAGUCGCCCAGGAGCAGCAUGGGUGGGGAGAGCCCGGUAAAGCCCUCCAGCACCGAGUCCAGUCCUCCUCAGAAGAAGGACCAGGAGGAGGAGGAGGAGAGCUCAGCUGGCGGCUCUAGUGAACCCAGAGAGCCACAGAAGGAGGAGCAGACAGGUGGGAGAGCCAUGGAGGAAUGUUCUCCUUCAGCAAACCCCCAGCAGACCGCCACAGUAUCAGAGCCCGAACAGAUCGCCUCACAACCCCCUGCUGCACCACCUUCUGAUCCCACCCCAUCUGAAGAUUCUGACCCAGCUCCGUUCUCUCUUCCGGACGCAACGCACUCUGAGGUCAAAGAGGUUGCUGUGACGGCUGACCAGGCUCCACAUGCUGCUCCAUCAGAAGAAGACAAGUUGGACCCUCCUGCGUCUGCUGUGUCUGUUGAGGCCGAGCAGAUUUCCCUCGAAGCGGCGGCGAGGAAAGAAGACGAGGCGACGCCCGCAGGGCACGAAGAUGCUCCAGGAGCUGAAGCAGGACCGUCUUCAGAGCAGACAUCCUCAGGUUGACAGGAGCGAACAAUGAGCUGAGGAGCAUUAACCUGAAGGCACCAAUGUUUAUAUCAAUAAAUGAAAAAUCAUCAUCAUGAGGAGGAUUGACGGAGCUUUACAUCCAUGGACCAACCAGUUGCUCUGGAUUCAAGACUUUGAAUCAUUGAUUCUGAUCCACCUCGGUUCUGUUCUUCACUGAGGCAUCAUUGGUAACAUUUCCAUCAGUUACUUGAGUAUUCUGAACGUUUUCAGCUUACAAAAACGAGGGGUUUCUUCCUCUAAUAAGAACUAAAACCAAUGUUGUCCUGAAGCCUGGGGCAGUAAGUCAUUUCUUCAUUCUACAGGUCAGGCAGUAAUUGGACCUGGGUUUGGCUUGUUAAAUUGAGUUCAGAUCAACAAAGGAAUGUGGUUAAUCAUUUAAUUCAGAAUUUAACAAGUAGGGGAAUUACUUUAUCAUAUAGGAUCAGGUUUGUUUAUUUUAACAAAUUAUAGUCCGGUGGAUACUACAGUUUUUAUUCACUGUGGUUAUUUUUUGUCUCAGUUUAAAAUUGUUUGAUCUGAAACAUUUAAGUGGGAUUUAAAAGAAAUUUGUGAGUGGGGGGGGGACACUUUUAUAGCAUCUUUUAACACCUCUGUUUACAUGACAUAAUCUAGCUGGGCUCAAGCCUCCUUAUGGUGGAGAAAACGCCAGUGAAGGAAGUUAAACAGCAGAUUUUUAGACUUCACAAUGGUUAGAAAAUGUUCAGAUCUGAUAAUGUAUAGUUCUGUGAAGAGUCGGAGCCUAAAUGGCAGAAAUGUUGAGCUCAUGACGUACGACACUUAAAACACCUACGGCCGGCAGCAUUUCUAGCAGGUUGAUUCGAAGCUGCGCUCUCAGGUCAAAGCAUGAUUGUUGGUUUUAAAUCCGUUUGGAGGACAGAGGAGAGGUGCAGGAUGCUUGUUUUAGCGUCAUACGUUGAAUGUGGCACAUUAAUCCCAUGUUGUAAAUAAAAUCAAAGUAAAUAUAGUACUCAGUGCACAGGAUAUUAAUGUAAAUGAUGCAGUAAACUGUCAGAAAUACUUUAAAAUCGCUGCUCUUUUACCUCGUCUCACCUCUCUUCGUGUUGCUUUCACACAUCAUGUGCUUCAAGGAGACGACAUAAAGUCUGUUUAAAUGAGUUUCUUUACUUCUGUCUGAAAUGCUGAAUGCAUUUUACAUUUAUGUUGCUGUGACAUUUUAAUCAGUGCUCUCUUUAUUAGCAGAGCUUUUCCAUGGGAUUUAGGCUCCCAUUUUAUACAGUCUGUUUUUACUUCACCAGAAAAUCAUGUGUUUUUUUUUUUAUGUUGCAUCAUAUCAAACCAUGUUUUUAAUUUUGAACAAUCGGGUGUUUUGCUUUAAACCAACUCCUCUCCUGCCUGCUCCUCACUUCUUUUCAUACAUGGAUUAUUUCUGCUUUGAUUGCUGCAACGAUGCAACUCAUCAGCAUGAUUGGGACGCUCUGUGAUUCACAUGCAAAGAACAACACUGCCUCUACCGCUGAAAGUUUGUUUUUAUACUUUAAGUUACCUUAGAAAUGAUGUAUUGCAUAUAAGUUUAUAGAUGCAGGAUGUGUGUUUUUUCUCUUGAAUGCUUCUGUCAUACCUCUGCAGACCAAGAUGGCUUUUUAUUUGGUUUGUUUUUAGUUUUCCUCGUCUGUAAAUGGCGUGUUUUAUCCAAGCAGCUGUGGCGUUUGAGGACAAAACGACAAACUGGUUGCUUUAAAGUCUUUGUUCAGGCUCUGAUGAAUAAAAGUGAUAAAUUUUGGUUCAAA